AAACGCCCCCAGCAACCUGGCCCUACACAGGUUCUUACUCAAAAAGCUCUGACAAAAACAAAAUUACCAGGAAAUUCAUAUCCAUAGUUGGAACCAGGAAACCAUUCAGCUUAUUUUUGAAUGUCAAGUACUGUUCAACAAGGCGUGUUCUUGGUAAUACUGUUUGAUUUACACAGCGUACUUUCAGUUAUGAAGUUUCUGUUUUUCAGAAAAUCGCGUUCACAGGUGACAAGGCAAUGGACGGAGCAAAGUCAGUAGCAGAUCCUAAAAACAGAGGUUACACUGGAUCAUUGUGAAAAUGGACGCAAUUGUUAGAUUCGUGUACAAGUUUUUUCUAUACUUUUAGCCUUUUAUUUUAUUUUAUGUGUAUCGCAUAGGGGCCAGUUUCACAGUAAGUAACCAUGGGUAAUGUUAAUUUGAAACAAACAUGCCCCUGUUUGCUGAACCGCUGCCCUUGCCUAUUUAGAUUAACGAGAUACGAAGAAACUGAAGUUGACAGCAAUACGCGUGGAAUAUCAAAUCCUGCGUUAGUUAAUACCAUAGCGACAAAAGCUUUGCCACCCUUACCCCCACCAGACCUAAGCCGCUGCUUUGUAGCCCUGUUUGACUACAAGGCUAGGACCGAGGAAGACUUGAGUUUCAACGAAGGGGACAAGCUAGAAGUGUUGAACUCCAGUACUGGAAACUGGUGGCUGGCCAGGGCACUGAAGGAGACGUCUGGGAAGAAAGAAGGAUAUAUUCCUGCCAAUUACGUUGCACCCAUUGAAAGCAUCGAAUCUGCACCAUGGUUCUUUGGAGGAAUAAAACGAGCUGAUGCAGAAAAAGUGCUCCUGUCGCCAGGAAAUGAAACUGGCGCUUUCCUUAUCCGAGAGAGUGAAACUCAAAAAGGAGACUACUCACUAUCAAUUUUGGAUAAUUCCAUUGUGAAGCACUACAAAAUACGAAAGCGGGAUGCCGGGGGUUACUUUGUAUCUAACAGAAAACCAUUUACCACAAUAAGGGAGCUUGUAGAGCACUACUCGAACACUGUGGAUGGCCUUUGUGUGAAGCUUGGAUCACCAUGCAGGAAGCUGGAGAUUCCUCAGACCCACGGUUUGUCCUACAACACAGUAGACCAUUGGGAAAUCGAACGUUCUUCUGUGAAACUACUCACGAAAUUGGGAGCUGGUCAGUUUGGGGACGUGCAUGAAGGACUAUGGAAUGAGACUACACCUGUUGCAGUGAAAACACUGAAGCCAGGGACUAUGGACCCCAAGGACUUCCUUAGAGAGGCACAGAUAAUGAAGAAGCUGAUACACCCCAAGCUUAUCCAGCUGUACGCUGUUUGCACUUUACAGGAACCAAUUUACAUCAUCACCGAGCUGAUGAAAAACGGAAGCCUACACGAAUACCUACAGAAGGAUGGAGGGAAGCAGCUCCGUAUUCCUGACCAGGUAGAACAGGCUGCUCAAGUGGCUGCAGGAAUGGCUUACCUGGAGUCCCAGAACUAUAUCCACAGGGAUUUGGCUGCCAGAAACGUACUGGUUGGUGAAAAUAACAUCUGCAAAGUAGCUGACUUUGGACUUGCCAGAGUAUUCAUGGCAGAGAAUGAAGGUGUGUACGAGGCCCAAAUAGGAACUAAAUUCCCUGUGAAAUGGACGGCACCUGAAGCAAUCAAUUUAAACAAAUUUUCCAUCAAAUCCGAUGUGUGGUCCUUUGGAAUCCUGCUGUAUGAAAUAGUGACCUUUGCAAAGAUGCCUUAUGCUGGCUUGACAAACUACCAGGUGAUCCAGGAGCUGGCCAAGGGGUACAGGAUGCCCUCCCCUGCCGGCUGCCCUCCGCAGCUUUACGAGAUCAUGACUGAGUGCUGGAAAGAUGAUGCGAAUGAGCGGCCCACAUUUGAAACGCUGCAGUGGAAACUUGAGGACUAUUUCGAUUUAGAUGUCACAUCCUACCACGAUGCUGCUACUUACUAUGGAAAAUAACUUCAGGAAUUGUAUAACCUCCAUGUAAAUUCACUUAGAAAAAGUCAACCAUUGUAAUUUUGACCUUAGUAAAUUUGCACUGUAAUUUAUGCAAUGUACUGCUCUUUUGUACUGCUGAUUUUACCAUGGCACUGUAUAACAGUCAUUUUUUUACACAGUUGUUUAUUUGGGGUUACUCCUAGUCUAGGAUUUAGUUUGUAAUAUAAAUUGCUAUAAAUACUAGCUGUUUGUAUCCACUGACCAGAAUGGGAAACAUGACAUAAAUGUCAUUAAGCACAGGACACUGUUGAAGCAACUAGUUUUAUAUCACAUUUUUAAUCAGUUUUCACCAAUUUGCUUAAAAGAGUUUUUGCUUGAACUCACACAGGUAAAAUGCUGGAAAAGGUCCACUGAAAAAUUGCAUUAUGUUUAAUGAGUUUUAAGGUACUAGAUUUUAAUAUUGGAAAGAAAGGGUCACAAUACAUGUAUAAAUGUAUUUGCCACAUUUUCUAAAUGCAAUGCUGAAUUCCAUUUAAUCAACUUUUAAAGUUGACAUUUUAGACUGUGACAUUUGCCGGUGAGCAUUUUGUGAUUUGUAGUAAAUAUUUGUAUUCAUGCUAAUUUAGAUGUCACUAUUGUAUUACACUAUACACCUUUGUACUGAUUUAUGUUCAUUAAUCUAUUACUGUUUAACAGUAGACUGAUUCACCUGCAGACAGGCUGGGCCUACUCUAAGAUUUAUACCUCAAACCAACCUCAUUCAUCUGCUUGUUUGGAUGACUAAAACCUAGUUGAAUUCUAAUAAGACUGAAAUUAUUUUGGUAGGCACUAGGAAAACUUCAAAAUACAUCACUAUCCCUGA